AUGAAGUUUUACAUAUCAACGACGGGGAUAAAGCGAGUAACGAUAUCGAGCUCCGGUAGCGCAGUGAAGGGAUCGCUGCCGACGGCCACGGCGAGUCGUCGCAUUCCGAGCCGGACGGUGCUGCCGGUGGUGCUAGUGCUAGGGAUCGCUCUGCCAUUUCUCUUCGUGAGAAUUGCGUUUUUGGUGCUCGAAUCUGCCGCUGCCUGUUCCUCCCCUCUUGAUUGUAUAGGAUGGAGGUUUUUCACGGGGGAUGACGCAUCUAUGAAGCUCAGAGAAGAGCUAACUGGAGCACUAGUUGAGGCAACGACGGGUAACGUUAACGAGGAACAAAUAGAGUCGUUCAACGAGCUCGUGAAGGAUAUGACGUUGAAAGGACACGAUAUCAAGGCAUUCGCUUUCAAGACCAAGGCUAUGCUGCUAAGGAUGGAGCAUAAGGUCCAGUCAGCAAGACAGCGCGAGUCUAUUUUCUGGCAUUUAGCAUCACAUGGUGUUCCCAAGAGCUUACAUUGUCUUUGCCUCAAACUUGCUGAAGAAUAUGCUGUAAAUUCAAUGGCUCGAUCUCUUCUACCUCCACCAGAAUAUGUUUCUCGCCUUGCUGACCCCUCAUUUCACCACCUUGUUCUCCUAACUGAUAAUGUCCUUGCAGCGUCUGUUGUUGUCUCUUCUACGAUCCAAAAUUCAGCCAACCCUGGAAAAUUAGUGUUCCACAUAGUAACCGACAAAAAAACAUACACCCCAAUGCAUGCAUGGUUUGCAAUCAAUUCUCUUAAAUCUGCUGUGGUGGAAGUUAAGGGAUUGCACCAAUAUGACUGGUCUCAGGAAGUGAAUGUUGGGGUUAAACAGAUGCUAGAGAUUCAUCGCCUAAUUUGGAAGCACAACUACAAUAAUUUGAAUGAAGAAGAUUUUGAAUAUAAAGGACACAAAAGAUAUCUAGAGGCAUUAAGCCCUAGCUCCCUCUCCCUCUUGAAUCAUCUCCGAAUUUAUAUCCCCGAGCUAUUUCCAGAUCUCAACAAGAUACUAUUCUUGGAUGAUGAUAUUGUUGUGCAACACGACAUAGCAUCUUUGUUGGAGUUGGAUCUCAAAGGAAAAGUUGUUGGUGCAGUUGUUAAUUCAUGGUGUGGAGAUGGCUGCUGCCCAGGAAGAAAAUACAGGGACUAUUUGAACUUCUCUCAUCCAAUUAUAUCAUCCAACUUUGAUCAUGAUCGUUGUGCAUGGCUGUAUGGCAUGAAUAUAUUUGAUAUAGAAGCUUGGAGAAGGACCAAUAUUACUGCAACUUACCAUCAAUGGCUAGAACUUAGCCUCAAAUCUGGGUUGGCAUUAUGGCAUCCAGGAGUCCUUCCACCUUCCUUGAUAGCUUUUGAGGGUCAUGUGCAUCCUAUUGAUCCAUCAUGGCAUGUUGCCGGAUUAGGCUAUCAAUCGACUGAAAUUCAUCAAGAGAUAUUGGAAGAUGCUGCUGUAAUACAUUUCAGUGGCCCUGCAAAGCCAUGGCUCGAGAUUGGGUUUCCGGAGGUACGAAGCAUUUGGAAUAAAUAUGUAAGUUUCUCAAACAAGUACAUUAGGGAAUGUAGGCUCAUGGGGUGAAGAGAGCAAAGUUCUCUCACUCAUAUAUUCAUUUCGGGCAAAACACAGAGGUACGAUAUGGGACCAGAGAGAAGGAGGUUUUACCUUCAGUCUCUGCUCAUACUCAGCUCUGCCUUGCACAAUGUUGGUUAAUUCAUGUCCAUAAUAGAUAUUAGCCGAGGGUUCCACGCACAUGCAAUAUACCAUCGGUAGGGUAAUGUUAUAGUUCUCUUAACAAUAUUGUAAUUACGUUUAGCAAGGUAAUAUGAAAUCACUUAUGCUGAUGAUGAAACUAUUUUUUGUUAUGGAAUUCAAUCUCUUCAAUAUCGUUGCAGUUGGUAUUGGUUUGC